AUGCACUUUGCAUACCCUCCCCGCAAGAGCUCCAACCCGCCUCCGUUCCGCCCGAGAUCGACGCGGCUGCCGUUGCUGCGCAGAAGCCGGUUAAAGACGGUCGGGCUGGGGCUUUUUGCCUUUCUCUGCAUAUUAUACCUGCUCUUUGGGCGGAGCAAGCCCAGCCCGUAUCACGAAAGGGUUCCCUCAGGGACCCCGUCGGUGGUGCUGGUGACGGUCAUUGACCCGACAAACUGGAACAAUGCCUACCUGAGCACGAUAAAAGAGAACCGCGAAAAGUACGCGGCGCGACAUGGAUACGAGGUCAUGGUCGUCAAGGCAUACGACUACGACACCCACGGAGCACCCCAGUCAUGGGCCAAGAUCCUGGCCAUGCGCCACGCCCUGUCGACGUACCCCGACUGCAAGUUCAUCUGGUACCUUGACCAGGACGCGUACAUUAUGGACCCGACAAAGAGCCUCGAAGACGUGGUCCUCGAACCCAAGAAGCUCGAGAGCCUCAUGAUCAAGGACUUUCCCGUCGUGCCGCCGGACAGCAUCAUCAAGACGUUUUCCCACCUGCGCGGGCAGGACACCGACUUUAUCGUGAGCCAGGACAAGGAGGGCCUCGUGCACAAGAGCGUGAUUGUGAGGAACGGAGAGUGGGCCAAGUUCUUUGUCGAGACGUGGUUCGACCCGCUAUACCGAAGCUACAACUUUCAAAAGGCGGAAAGGCACGCCUUGGAGCACAUUGUGCAAUGGCAUCCUACGAUCCUCUCAAAACUGGCACUGGUGCCGCAACGGACGUUCAGCUCGUACUCGAGACCCGAGCUCGGCGACACAUACCAAGAGGGCGACUUCGUGGUCAUGUUUGCGGCGUGCACCGAGUCGGGCGAGAGGAGCUGCGAGACGGAGUCGUCCAAGUACUGGUCCAAGUGGAGGGCGGCUUUUGGAUUGACGUGA